AUGUUAUCCUCAAUGACAGAUAUUAGAAAAAGAGUAACAGUAUUUCAAAAUGGUAAAAGAGUUGGGGGUAAAGCUAUAAGUUUACCAAAGAAAUGGUCAGAAUUUUUAAAGAUUGUAUCAAAGAAAUUAAAUAUACCAGCCUCAAGAAUCUAUAAUGAAGAUGGUGGAGAAAUCGAUGAAAUUGAAUCAAUAGUUGCAAAAGAGAUAUUAUAUGCAAGUUGUGGUGAACAUUUUAUACAUAUACCAAAGGAUAUUGGAUAUUUUGGCCAACCAACAAUACCUAAUCCUUAUCUUAUUGGACCAUCCCCACCACCAAAUAUUUUCCCAUUUCAUAAUGGUGGCGGUAGUGGUGGUAUUGAUAUUGUACCAUCAGGUUCAUCAUCUACUAAUAGCACAACUACAACUACAACUACAACAUCAUCAUCAUCAUCAUCAUCAAAUACAACAACAUCACCAAACAAUCUUUUAACAUCACCAUCAAUAGUAAAUACUGGUGUUGGUGGUGGUGGUGUAAAUCAUAAUAUGAUACAAUUACUUGGUGGUAAUGGUUGUAUCACUGGUUUAAGUAGUUGUGGAGCAAUAAUAAAUAAUAAUGAAUGGAUUAGUUUAAAUGUUGGUGGUCGUAUAUUCUCAACUACUAGAUCCACAAUUAUUAGAGAUAAAGAUAGUAUGUUGGCAAAGAUGUUUAGUGAAAGUUGGGAUUCAGCAAAGGAUAUCAAUGGUGCCUAUUUGAUUGAUAGAUCACCCGAUUAUUUCACACCAAUAUUAAACUAUUUAAGAUGUGGUACUAUAGUUAUCGAUGAAUCGCUCAAUGUCGAAGGUGUAUACCAAGAGGCAAGAUUCUUUAAUAUCACUGGUAUGUUGGAUAAAUUGGCAUCAUUGGUUGAAAGAAAAUCAAGAUCGACAGAUGUAUUCACUAGAAAAGAUGUGAUUUCAAUUCUCUUAACUUCAAGUUCAAAUUCAAGUUUAAGAUGUCAAGGUUUAAAUUUAGCGGGUGUGGAUCUAUCAAAAUUGGAUUUAAGAAAUAUUAAUUUCAAAAUGACCAAUUUCAAAGAAACCAAUCUUUCAAAAUGUAAUCUAGAUAAUGCCCUCCUACAGGAGGCUGAUCUAUCAGGUGCAAAUUUAACAGGUGCAAGUUUAAGAGGUUCAAAUUUAACAGGUGCAAAUCUAGAGGAUUGUAUAUUAAAAGGUGCAAACUUUGAAGAUAGAGGUGGUCAAAGAGCAACCCUCGAAAAUGUAAACUUUAAAAAUGCUUCACUCGAAGAAGCAAACUUUAGUGGUGCAAACCUUAGAGUUUGUAAUUUUAAAAGUGCAAACUUGGAAAAUUGUAAUUUUCGUGGUGCUGAUUUAGCUGGUGCAAAUUUAGAAAAAUGUAAUUUUAGAGGAGCAAACCUUCAUAAAGCAAAUUUAAUUGGUGUAAAUUUAAAAGGUGCAAAUUUCGAUAUUAGAACUGUUAGUUCAAGAUAA